AAGAGAGACAGAAGACAGCAAGAGAAAGUCAGGUUGGGUUGGCGGGGUGAGAGGAGGAAAGAGAAAGUGACUGUGGGACAGAGAGAGAGAGAAAGAUAGAGAGACACUACAGACUCAUACAGCCCAGUGCUGAACAGAUCUGAGGUCAGGCAAGAGUGGGCGCAGGUAGGUUGGAGGUCGGAGGUCGGAGGUCAAGCGGUCAGACGGAAGGCUGACUUAGCUUCAGCCUAACAAACUGUCCCGCUAACCCCCCAACAACUGUCCCUUCACCGUCACCACACUGGGAGAACUGGGAGAACUGGUGACGAGGAGAAGCCAACAUGAGCGACCAGAACGUCGUCAAGGAAGGCUGGGUCCAGAAAAGAGGUGAGUACAUCAAGAACUGGCGACCACGCUACUUUCUGCUGAAGACAGACGGCUCUUUCAUUGGCUACAAGGACAAACCACAGGACUCUGACCUGGCUUACCCACUCAACAACUUCUCUGUAGCAAAAUGUCAGCUGAUGAAGACAGAGCGGCCCAAGCCAAACACCUUCAUCAUCCGCUGUCUGCAGUGGACCACCGUCAUCGAGAGGACUUUUCACGUCGACACUCCUGAUGAGAGGGAUGAGUGGGCCGAGGCGAUCCAGAUGGUAGCCGAGUCUCUGGCUAAACAGGAGGAGGAGGGCAUCCUGUGCAGCCCCACCUCCCAGAUCGAGAACGUCAACGAGGAGGAGAUGGACACCUCCAUCAGCCACUACAAACGAAAGACAAUGAAUGACUUUGACUAUCUGAAGCUUCUGGGCAAAGGCACUUUUGGGAAAGUCAUUCUGGUGAGGGAGAAGGCGAGUGGCACCUACUACGCCAUGAAGAUCUUGAAGAAAGAAGUCAUCAUAGCCAAGGAUGAAGUUGCUCACACACUCACAGAAAGUAGGGUAUUGAAAAACACUCGGCAUCCAUUCCUAACUUCUCUGAAGUACUCGUUCCAGACUAAGGAUCGGCUGUGCUUUGUAAUGGAGUAUGUCAACGGAGGAGAGCUGUUUUUCCAUUUGUCAAGAGAAAGAGUUUUUUCAGAGGACCGCACUCGUUUCUACGGCGCUGAGAUUGUCUCUGCUCUAGACUACCUACAUUCUGCCAAGAUCGUGUAUCGUGAUCUGAAGCUGGAGAACCUCAUGUUGGACAAAGACGGUCACAUCAAGAUCACUGACUUUGGCCUCUGCAAAGAAGGCAUCACCGACACUGCCACCAUGAAGACCUUCUGUGGAACACCAGAGUACCUGGCUCCUGAGGUGCUGGAGGACAACGACUAUGGGCGGGCGGUGGACUGGUGGGGUUUGGGCGUGGUGACGUACGAGAUGAUGUGCGGCCGUUUGCCGUUCUACAACCAGGACCACGAGAAGCUGUUCGAGCUCAUCCUCAUGGAGGAGAUCAAGUUCCCACGAACCCUGUCGGCUGAUGCCAAGUCGCUUCUGUCGGGGCUGCUCAUCAAGGACCCCAACAAACGGCUGGGCGGCGGACCGGAUGACGCUAAGGAGAUCAUGCGACACAGUUUCUUUGGCACAGUCGACUGGCAGGACGUCUACGACAAGAAGCUGGUCCCACCUUUCCAGCCACAGGUCUCCUCAGAGACGGACACACGCUACUUUGACGAGGAGUUUACAGCACAGACCAUCACCAUCACUCCGCCGGAGAAAUAUGACGAGGACGGGAUGGACGCGGCGGACAACGAGCGAAGGCCUCAUUUCCCACAGUUCUCCUACUCAGCCAGCGGGCGGGAGUGAGCGCUCCAGCCCAGCCAGCCAGUAUCGUCCCCAUUCGUGGCCAUUUUGAGGAAAACACGUAGCCAUUUUAGGAAAAAAAAAUACCAGUCUCCCCUCUUUUUCUCCUUCUCUGCCUCCUCACAGACGGGGAGAAGUCUUUUUAGGGACUUUAAAAGAGGUUUUUGCACAGUGGGAUAGACUCCAGAUGGUCUCCCCACACUAAAAAAACAAGUCUCCUACAUUUUCAGCGCUAUUUACUGCAGAAGGCAAUGUUUUUGUUAUUUAUUUUUUCUCUCCGUCAGUAUUAAGUUGUUGACCCGGGUUGCGUUCAUCUUUUUUUGUUUUGUUUGUUGUUUCUGCCCUUUUUCUUCUUCUUCUUUUGACUUUUUGCACUUGGUUUGGAAGAGCCGUUUUAGGGAACAAAAAACCAAAAAUGUUGCCUUACGUGUGCAGAUGUUUCGUAUCAUACAGACAGG